CAAAGAAGGAGUCGCCUCCGCCAGCUUCGCACAUAAUGGAAGGCCUCGUCACGCAUACCGUCAUGUCGUUCCAUGAAGAAGAGGAUCAUCCAGAUGUUUCAAUUAUCAAUUUCGCUCUCCCUCGGGCUGAAAGGUCACGAUCAGACACGGAUCGCACUGUUUCGGAUGUGCCAUUCGACUGCCUGUCUGAUUCCGCUGCCAUUUGGAACCUCGCCGCACAGACAAAGCUGCCGCUACCGUGCUGCAUCCGAGGCCUUCCUGAUGUACGGUUGCCAAAGCCCCAGAGGACCGUUGAAUGCCCCGCCAACUUUGGACGCCUUGAACCCAACCUGGAGGAGCUUGGCCAUUUCUUCAAUCGUCAUUCUCGCUCGAUCAGUGUGUUUGAUGUGAGUUUGUUCCUUCAAGUGUCUUGCAUGUAGUA